AUGCUUGAUUUUACAGUUAAUGAGUCUCCAACGAGGCAUACGGGUUCGUUUGCGCGGCCAGUACAUGCGGUCGCGUCUGGAGUGAAACGAGACCACAGCGCAGCAGUUACGACUGAGCUGCUAGCAGCGACCACAGAGGCGGCCUUGAAUGCCGUGUCCGAAGCUAGCGGAAAACCGAAAAUAUUAAGAGAUCUGGUGGACAAUACGGAACAGAUCAGGAAGGGAAUGGAAGACUCAAAUGCACAACCAACAUGUGCAGACGCUGGUGGAAAUGAGCCCGAAGGACUGGAUGCUGGUGCUGCCGGCAAGAACAGUACUGAUGAGGAUGGGGAACAACAGGGCAAGGAAUUGCCUGAAAGAGAGAGAGCGAACCCAGACCUCAGUGCAAAUGAAUGCACGCAGAAAGCUGACGAAGUUGGAGCAGUGGCUGGCAUACAACCGCCGGAAGGUGAAAGCGCGACAAAGGAGCAAGAAGCCGGAAGCGGAAUGGACUCAGGUACUGGACCAAGUGCUUCGGCGACAAAAGAACAUGUUACUCCGUCUGAAUCACAAGAAAGUCCGCAAGCACCCGCUAAUCGACAUGAAGAGGGUGGAAAGGACCGUGACAGCCUAGGGUUUGGUACGGAUAGUUUCUCGAAGUCGCGAGAUGUAGAUGGAUCCGUAAGCAAAGAUGGCGCGAAUUCGGGUGCAGGUGGUCAAAGCGCAGGGGAUGGCAGCCAAAUACGAAUGUCUGGUGAUCCGGAAGGGGAAUUGAGAGUGGAUUCUCAAGAUGCACUAGAGGUUGAAGCAGGCGACGGGGGUGAAGAUAUCAUGACGGCAGAGGCUUGGCCGAGUUUGGAGAGCAUUGGUCAUACUUAACCUCUUGAACAUCCUUAGAGCGUACCAGCUUUCACACCAACUCGCAAUUUCAGCGCGCAAUCUGUCCCUGAACUUUCGAGCGCUAUGAAAUUCGCACCAGUAUCCUCCUAGCUUGAAGUUGCUCAUCGAAGUGACCUUCUGCACCCCGAUGGUGUGCUGUCGCCGACAUCCGAGUGCAGCGAUGACGUCUCGAUGACCUUUAUGUGCGUAAUACUGUACGCAACCAGUACUACCAGAGGAUCAGGCCCAAUGGCCUCCCGAAGAACUGCAUGAUAUCCGAACACAGUACAAUACAGUAUUUUGAUAUUUGCGAAAAUCUUAGCACAAAUACAAUGCUGAGCUUUUGAGCUCCAAACAAAACUUGCAUGGACCUUCCAUGGUUGCAAGUCGAACUUCAUUUGAAAACAAACUGGACUGCCCAGAUAUCUCUACAUUUCGCCACAAAGGAACAAGUAGCUACUUCCUCCCAUCCAAGCUCACGAAACGAAAAGAGCAAAGCGCUGGUCGUGUGGACAAGCACAAUGGCGAUACAUGCCACGGCCUUCAUCUCAACUGCCGUGUUGAAGCCCUUUCUGGGGACUCACAUUUCUUUGACUUCAAGUCAUUGCAAACGCUGCAAAACAGUCCUCAAACAUCAGAACAGAGUGCGGGUGCUACAGAUGCGAACAGACCGCGGCAAAAACUAUUACAGACCACCAGACAGCACACGGCGUCGCCCUCGCCACAACUCGCCGCUGCCUUCCAUCUUCUUCCAAGCGUCUCGCCGUGCCAAGGAUUUUUGGUAUGAAGCGACCCCAUCGGAGCGCUUCAUGUUCGGCCUUGCUGGUUUGAGUCUGGUUGCUGCAGUAGGCGUCGCCAUUAACGUUGUUUUUCACGUUUCUCUCAUGCUUGCAUUCGGCAUCAUCCCUCUGAUCUUGGCCCCAAUCUUUCUAACAGUGCUUGCAUCUACCAUCGCAUUUGGGGUAGCGGCGUUUGCAUUGUCAGCUGGUGGUUUGUUCUUCAUCGGCACUCCCAUCAUGGCAUUUGGCUUUCUGGCCAAAGUGAUGUUUCCACUCGCAGCCAUGGCCGGAGGGGCUGUCUUUUUAAGUCGUAUGCUUCUCUUUGGGAAAAAGGAAGCCGUGCUAGAGACAGAAGAAACAGAGGAAGAUGAAUGGCCGAGCCCAGAGAGUGAGUUUGAAGAAUUUGAUGAGAAAUUGCGCGUUGGUGACCGCUAUUCCCCAGUAGCGCGCGAUGUCACAUUGUGGAACUUAAGUGAUGUCGUGGAUGAGCUCGACUACAAAGGUCUCGGGGAAUAUAGACAGUUGUUUAUCGAGGAGAAAAUAGAUGGACCUACGCUUCUCACGCUCACGGACGCGGACAUUAAGUCUGAGUUUGGCGCUAGCAUGCCGCUAGGGGAUCGCAUGAGACUGUCAAGACUUGUCUUAGAUUUGAAAAGACGCUCCGGCAAAUUACAAUGAAUUUUAGAGUCGCUGCAACGUAGACGGAAAGAGUUGACAUGCAGUAAGUUCCUGUUCACUUUUGAAUGUAUAAAUAUCGCUCAUUUGCCUCGU